GAGUCGUGGUGUCGAAGCCGGAAGCACGUGGUUAACUUUCACGUGAACGUUGUUCCCGCCAUUGGGAUAAUUUGGACUGGUAUAUACUUUAGUCUCGUUGGUUUAUAGUUUAUUAAACGGGAUUUUAUAACUUGUAAGUUAAAUAUUAGUGUUAUUUUCUUUAUUAUAAGUGAACGGCAGAGUUCUACAUCGGUGUCUGCCGCCACAUUGGAUCGGAAUCAAACUUGAGUCAAUCUUUAAUAUCUUAUUUCCUGCUGUUAAGGUAAAGAUGGAUGCGAAAUAUGUAGACAUAGAUUCUGUAAUCGACAGUAAUAAAAAGAAACUUUUAAAAAUAAGCAAUACCCUUGUAUCACUGGAAAGUAAAUACCUGAAUGCAAAAAAGACAAUAAAAAGAACAAUACGUGCCAUUAAACAAGAGCUAAUCAGUGAAUUGGAUGUCGCUUAUCAAACGAAGCAUCAGAGCCUGCUUGAUUUUCAGAGAAAAGUCAAGGAAUACAUUUCGAGCCUUUCAAAUGUCUGCAACACUUCCCAACAUUAUCGCGACGUCUUGAGGAUCGUAGAGAAAAGUCCUGCCGAAGUGCGUCUUCUACCUUAUAUUUCUUUGGAUUUUAUACCGGAAGAUAUUUCGAUAGCCAAAUCGGCUAUUGGUUAUCUCAAAACGUGUGCAGUUUCGCCAGAGGAACUAACUUUUACUGUAUCCGAAUUGGACAAUAAGUAUUGGGUAGAAGUGAAAAGUAGCAAACCUUGGCACUCUCUUUUAAUUCAUUCUCUAACUGCUUUUGCUGAAAAUUUUGCGGGUAGAAAGUUUUAUGGGAAUGUCAUCGAUAGAAAGGAUGGUCUUUAUUCAAUUACAUUUCGUAAUUUUAUCGGUAUUGAUUUUAAAGUAUCUGUUUUGUUGUACGGUCGUCAUGUAAGAAACAGCCCGUUGACAAUAAAAGCUCCUCCAUUUAUAUGUGAAAAAUGUGUAUUUUGCCCUUUACGAAAUGCACAUGUAGAUACGUCAACGCCUAAAACUGUCGAAAUUCCGAAUCGGAAUGAAAGUACUCCGAAGCUUCUUAGCGGCGAUGGCAUUUGCAGUUCAUUCGGCACAGAAAAUGACGAGAAACAAAGUUUUAAAGUUACUGGAAUGGGACAUAGUCUCGUAGAAAAGGAAGAAAUUCCAAAAAGGUUUUUAGAUACCACAGGAAAACACUAUUCUCCUGAGGAAUGGAGCAAAGAGGAAAACAUUUAUCCAACAGAGGGGUUGAACAUGUGUUCUGUUGAAAAUAGUGAAGUUGAUCAGAAUAAAAGUAAUAAAACUGUUAGUGUGAUAAAGGAAAACACACCAGUCAAUUCAAGUUAUGUAAAUGAAUUUUGUACUGAAAGAAAAGAAAAAAGAAACUCCAGUAGUGUAACAAAAGAGGUUUUAAUGAGUACAAAUAACAAUAGCUCAUUCUUAACGUCUGAGUGGAGUGAAAGUAUAAGUGCCGACAGAAUGGAUAACUCGAAGAUCAGUUCUACUGGAGGUGAUAGGUUUUGGUCUCCACAAACAACUGAGAAUUUAAAUGGCACAAUGAAAGACGCUAGCGUAUGCGUUCAUAAAACUUCGAAUUAUACCGAAGAUGACGACGAAGAGAAAAUUGUUCCAGUAACUGCCAAACUCACGCACGUGAUUUCUAAGCAAUGUGGAGUGGAUCUCAGAUAUCCUAUCGGCGUAGCCGUGAACAAUAAUGAAGAUAUCGUUAUCUGUGAUACGGGAAAUCAUAGAGUUUGGAUCGUCGACAAAACCGGAAAGAGAAAAGCACUAUUUAAUUCCACCCGUCACGGUAAGAGACUUUGCAGGCCUUCAGCAGUUGUUAUGUUUCAAAAUGGGGAUUUAGUUAUCAAAGAUGAUAAUUCCCUUCACUUUUAUGAUUCUAAUGGAAUGUUCAUCAAGACUGCUGACAAUAAAAUGUUAAGCAGGCCUUUCGGAUUGGUGCUGACAGAAGACAAAAAGUUGGUGACUCUAAGCGAGAGUAGGCAGCCAAAGUUGUUUUCAUUUAACAUGGACGGUCAGCUGGAAUAUAAGAGCUUUUAUCAGCCUCUAUUGAACAGACCAGAAAAUUCAAAGUGUCGUUUUAUGGCCACAUAUAAUAACGAGUUGGUUGUAUCCGAUUUAGGAUUAAGCAAAAUGUAUAAGACUAAUCUACUGGGAGAAGAAAUUCAAAUUUUCGGCUCUUAUGGCAAAACUCCCGGAAAUUUCAACGAACCGUCAGGAAUCACAUUAGAUUCCAGUGGAACAAUGCUGAUAGGUGAUAGCAAGAAUGACAGGAUUCAGAUCUUCGAUUGGGACGGAGAAUAUUUGGGCGAAGUGCAGUUUUCAGAUCCCAUUCGUAGGCCUUCUGAUAUUACAUUAACUCCUGACGGUUACCUGUAUGUUCUCAAUUACCUGGACCAUUUUCUAGGCGUUUAUAAAUUAGAGAUGGACGAAUAAUACGAUUCCAUACAAUACACACGAAACAGUUUAAAUUACAUAAAGUUGUUCAUAGUCUCCAUUGUUUAAUGUUUUUUUUAAUAUAAAAUAUAUUUUAUAUUGUUCCUAUCUUUGUAAGAAAAUAGACA